AUGGCUCUGUCAGACUCCGACUAUGGCGUACUCAGCCUCGACACGCUCGACGGUCACGAGAAAGACGGACAGAUAGCGACAGCAACGAGGACUGCUGGAAUUGACUUAUCAGGCGACAGUGAGACUGCUCGGCCAGAGACCCCGUCAGGUGAGGAGCAGGAUAGCUACAACGACAUCACACCCUCGGUCGAACAGCACGAGAGCACAGUCGGACUGGGCUUCGAUCGAGCUACACCUGUCGCUCUUGCGCCUAUCGCGACCGCCAACAUGCGGGACAGUCGAGCCGGUCCUUAUGACCGCAGACGAAGAUCAAGUGCGUUUGCGUUGUCCCAGUACCUUCGACAGCAUCUCGAGUCGCCUCCCGGCACACCCUCAAGCCUUCACUCGAGCGACUUUCCGAGCGAUCUCGAUUCUGAUCAUGAUAUCGACCCCUCCCUGCCACGUACUACCUCUGAGCCUCACGAAGAUGUACCGCAUGCGAGAGACACAAGACAGAGAGUCCAAGGCCGAUCUGUGAGGAGCGAGACGUCUCAAUCCGUCAGAGCCCAGCUUUACACGAGCAAUCUCAUCAUGCCAACCUUGCGCGUUGCGCCAGCCUCGAGCUGCAGACGCUACCUACGCUUUGCCAUCCUGGCUCCUUCAGAAAAGACACGCAAUGCGCUUGCCGAUCAGAUCAGGGCGGCCCAUGCUCAAGCCCGAGCAAAUGAGAACGAGAGCAAUGUACUCGAGCUCAUCGACAUGACGCCGCAGAGCUCUUUGACUUUCGACGAAUGGGCGGACAGCCUCGAAUCGUCCUACUCGACCCUGCAAGCAUGCUGCUCAAAGGACGAAGAUGCCGAGAGCGCAAUUGGGGAGCUCUUCACCGAGCAACUGCUUUUCGUCGUCGAUGUCUGCCUUCUCGUGCUCGAUCAAGAUUACGAUGGCGUUGCGCUCAAGAGGCUGUCACAGAUCGCCAACAUCCUACCCAUCGCAGCCUCGACCGAGGUUGCAGCAUCACUCUCAGGCGAGCUCACAUCUCAGGCUAUAAGCUCGUGCAUAUCCUGUGACGAAGCGAGCUCGGUGCCAGCGGUGACAUCGAGCACCGACGACGAGCCAGUAGCACUCAAGAGUGUCCUGGCCAAGCUCUGUGACACUCUGAACCUCACUCGUCUGCGCCAAGAACUCGCAACCGUCUUCAUGGAAUGGCGCCAUAUCGAUCUCGUUGCUCGAGGGCUUCGAUACAGCUCUGCACACACCUACAUUGAGCCCAAAUCCGACUUCUGGGCACGGGUAGCUGCUCGACAGGUCUCCCUGGCAGCCACCGCGCCCCCGUCAGCCAUACACAGUCGCAUCAACUCUGCUUUCGCUUCAGAAUCGGACGAGCCGAGCGCGUCGCAACCACAUGCGCUCAGCAUCAAACGUUUAGGUCGCCCUUCCCGGCGGUCAAGUGCGAGCAAGAGCAGCUCUCGUUCGAGGUCAGAAGUCUGUCGGUUCAGCGCUGCCGAUCCACUCAGUCUCUCCUCGCUCCUGCGCGUCGGACUUAGCCUCAUGCUCUCGCCCGUCCAUUCUGCACUACAACCGAUCAAGUCAUGGUCACUAGCUGGCCUCUUCACCGUCGCGACAUGCUUUGCGUGUGGAGUGCUCUGCGGACGCCUCUAUGACCCACAAGAGCACAGCAUCAACAUCCGGGGUAUUAACGCGAGAUCUCAUUGGUCGACCAGUCAUACGACCCUACACUCGUCACCACCACUCUUGCACUCUUGCGACAGGUUUGCUUGUUCGUAUUGCCAAGUCCCGUCGCACGACCCCCGCUUGGCACUGCAAGACUUAUGUCCAUCGCCUUGCUUGCUUGAGUGCCUGAAACCAAAACUGAUGAGCACGCCAUUAGCAUAUAGAUCGACCUCCACAUCAUCAGAGUCUUCGGGCGUCUCAGCCGUCACCAUUCCUGCCGCUCCUGCGGGCCCACCUGUCUUUGAUAGCGCCGGACGACGCAGGAUCUCCGCCGCAGACUUGCUGGAGCCUCAGUCUCGCUCCACGGAUCCCAUCACAAUCAGUCGAAGAGGCUCAAAGACGACUUACUAUACGCACACACUCAACGCAUCUGACCAUUCCGUCGGCGCAGACGGCAACUCCGUCGCUGGCCUCUACUCGCUCGACCAGGCCAGCAGAAGCUCAAGUCGGCUUCGACGAUACUCUGUCACCAAUUUGCUCAACCUCACGCGACCAGGUCUAGCCAAGUCACGCAACGGCAGCUCGGGCUCCUCAUCCUCCUUGCCGCGUCAAGACGAGAGCAGAGCGCGCUCCCUGUCCCAAUCAGCGGGGCCCUCGCAUCAGCAGUACCAACACGUAGACGAGGCCAACGCACCUCCAGAGUGGUCUCCUGCACUCUAUCCGAGCUCUCGAGCGAGAUCGACCUCUGAAGGCUCGCGCACUGAUUCGCCUCAGCACGCACGAUCAGAGACCAGCGCAGUCUCGACGCCCAGCGUAGAAUCACGUAGCAUAGGCUCGCCUGAAUCUGCGCAGUCGCCCGUCUCCAGUCCUGCCACUUCACAUCACUCCAGUAACGAUCUUGACUACUUGCGCGCUGGUAGCAAGCAGAUCCCCGCCAGACCUGCCUACAGACCUACUGCUCGUUCAUCGACAUCUUUGCUGACGCAUCCAGAGGAGCUAAGUGCUGGAACACACGAAGAAGAGUCAAGAGAGUCUUUGCCACAUUCGAGCACGGCCGAGACGCCGAUUAUGGCCACAGAGCUAGCUACAGGUCUGCCAAGGCGCGAGCAGACAACGGCAAGCCGUAUGCGUACCCUGCCGAGACUUCUAUCGAAUGGCACCAUGACAUUUCCCACCGUCUCCGGGUCUUCGCCCUCAUCGCGUGCGAGACCGGACAGCAUAGCGAGUCAGGCCAGCGCUAGUGCAACUUCACUUGAUGAAGGAGUUGGACAUCUCGACGACAAUCAUGAUUUGGAUACAGAGACCGAGACAGACACAGAGACAGAGACCGAAGCCGAGGGCAGCGAUGAGCACGAGGAUUCUGCAGAAGAGGUGCAGGAAGCUGGCUUCUUCGACUCCGAGCAAGGCUUCCAUGCAGAUUAUGACGCAGCUAGACCAAGCUCUGGGCCAGCCUCGCCUGCUUGUCAUGCCAAUAUAAGACCGCGAGUACAUCCUAGGCUCUCGCGCCUGUCGACUCGACUCUCACCGUCUGGCACACCAGGACGCGGAGGCUCCCCUGCUGGUCAACCAUCCUGGACGACGUUUCAGCCUUUCACGCCGACUCCGGGCUUGCCGACAGCGCGGCCUGAAUCUGCUGAGCGUGCCGGCGAAGACUCGUACUUUUCCUUCAAGCAAACUGAGCCCAGCCUCGCGAGCACAGCAGCGAUGCAAACAUCGUCAAGCAAUGAAGAUGACUCGCCACCCAUGGUCGAGCAGCCACGCAUGACUUCACGACCUUCUCUGUACUCUCGCAAGUCUCAGAGCCUCGUCAACCUCGUGCCACCUUCCACGCUCGAGAACGAUGAUGAGAUAGAUGACGAGACUGUUCACGUGUCCCCGGGCGAUGUGCCGCAUCAACAGGCUCGCACACCGUCGUUGCCACGGCCCCGCAUGAGCGAUCCACCACAGAGCGCUCGCAGUAUAUCCAGGCGCAGAUCGAUGAUUGAGCUCGGAGCCGAACCUCCCGUCUACCCUGUAUCGCCAUGGAUCGGCGUCAGCAACGCGCAUGCUAUCUCACCUCGCGAGGAGGAAGGCCAAGAAGGUCUGCCACAAUAUACUUGUCAGGUUCAUAUCGAAGGCUGGCUGCCGCGCAAGAUGGAGUUUACUGCGCCUGGCGCACAAGCUCCGAAUCGUGCAUGGAAACGGCAAUAUGUCAUCCUGCACGGAACGAGCAUCAAAAUUUUCAGGAACGAUCCUCGACAAUACCCUGUGGAGGGCGAGGAUAUGUCAGAGGACUGGGUCGAGGCAUCAUUCGGUCAGACGUAUUUACCUCCACGGGUCGCGCCGCAAGAUGGCAGUAAACCUCGACCUCGGAGGACAGAGUCGAAUCGGUCCACAAGCUCCCGCCAAAAGGGUGUGAAGCCAGUACACGUACACAAAGGUCAAUACGCCAAUGCAUUCGCUAGCUCACAGGAUAGCACACGCUUGUCUGCCGCCUUGCAAAAGGCGCCCAUCCCACAUGCUUCGAACGUAGUCGUCCGACAUUACUCAUUACAAAAAGCUGAAUCUGGUCUCGCUGCCGAUUAUAUUAAGCGCAAACACGUCGUCAGAGUACGCGCAGAAGGCGAGCAAUUCUUACUGCAAGUCAACGACGAUCGAGGCGUGAUAGAUUGGAUCGAGGCCUUGCAAGCAGCGACCAACAUCGCUCUCGAUCUCGACGCUCGUCCGCUGCCAAAGUUCAUCACAUUGCCUAGAAGAAGGAGACGAAGAAGGAGAACAGAGAAUGAGCAAUUGACCGAGACCGCUGCCGCCGCUGCUCGUCACAGUGAUCGGCUGAACAAUAUGCUUGCCGAAGAGCAGCAGACGUACGGUGCAGACGGAUCGACCGCUGUUGUAUCAUAG